AUGUCAAAUGUAAAUUUCACUGGGAAAAAUGUAGACAGCUUUAUAAUUACUGGAUUUGAUCACCUGCAGAACCUAAAAUUCCUCGGAUUCCUUAUUUUAAUUACCUACAUGCUCAUAUUGCUUGGGAACGGCAUCAAUCUGUGCAUCAUUUUGACGGACAGACGUUUACACAAACCAAUGUACAUAUUAAUCUGUAACUUAGCUGUUGUCGACAUAAUGUUCUCCUCUACCUGCAGCACAACCAUGAUUUCAGUGCUUCUGGCUGACAUUAAAACAGUUUCAUAUUACUCUUGUAUUUCAAGGAUGUACUUAUUUCAUCUGUGUAAUAUCACAGAGUGCAUGGCUCUCUCUUUGAUGGCAUUAGACCGACUUCUUGCGAUUAGACUUCCGUUAGGGUAUCACAGCAUUGUAACAAAUUCACGAACAGUUCAGCUUAUUUUGCUGACUUGGCUCAUUAGUUUCAUUGUAAUGGGGUUUGUAGCAUCUGUGGUAGAUGGUCUUCCAUACUGCCAGCCUGUCAUCAGAUAUGUGUUUUGUGAUUAUCCUUCUAUAGUCAGAGCUGCUUGUGUCAACCCUGAACCCUAUUUUUUCUUUCCAACAAUGCUUAACCUGUUGUUGAUUUGUGGACUGUUCCCAUUUAUUCUGUGCACUUAUGCUGUGCUGGCAUAUAGUGUGACCAAACUCUCCAACAACUCAAGCAAAAAGCAAAUGAUAAACACAUGUUUGAGUCACCUCAUUGUUUUGUUCAGUUUUUUUGCUCCAAAACUUGUCUCUAACUUACUUACUCGAAUAGGAGUUGUGCUAAAUUUAACAGAGCGAAAUGCAAUAUUGAUUGUUGCCUCCCUUGUUCCUUUACUAAUAAACCCCACUGUAUAUUCCAUCAGGACUAAAGAGAUCAGGAAACGAUUAGCAGGUGUAUUUUUGUGUAAAAAAGUUAUACCAAUUCAUCAAUAA